AUGCAAUAUUUUUUACCUGCCUGCAGCUUCACUGACUUGUAUUCGUCAUCCAACCACAGUUUGAAUGUGGUGGAUGGAGGCUUGUAUCCUGUUUCUGAAGAGGUCAUCAGUCAUACAGAUGCAGAGGAUGCUGAUGUCAAGAAGCCAGCAGAAAAUUCUUUUGAAUCAAUAAACGGCUCGACUAGUCCUCUUGCUGAUGAUGCAGAUGUCCUAGGUCUGAGUAGUGCAACAACUUCAUCCGUUCCCUCGACUACUCCAGCCGUAACCACUGCUAACGAACAUACGAAACCUCCAUACUCUUAUGCUCAGUUGAUUGUGCAGGCCAUAUCAUCACAAGUCGACCGACAGCUGACACUCAGUGGCAUAUACAACUACAUCACUAAAAGGUAUCCAUUUUACAGGCACGGAGACAAAGGAUGGCAGAACUCAAUACGCCACAACUUAUCGUUGAAUCGAUACUUUGUGAAAGUGCCUCGGGCUCAGGAGGAGGCAGGCAAGGGUUGCUUCUGGCGAAUUGACCCCAGCUCCGAGACUGUUCUGAUGAACCAAGCCUUUCGGAGAAGAAGGCAACGACCAGUUCCUUAUUGCAAGACCAAUUCCUUUGAUGCAUUGUAUGUACCAUUUGUUCAUUUAUUUUUAUUUUUAACAUUUGAUAAAUCGAUGAGAGUCCUUAUGUAG